AUGAAGAGACAUUAUGGUACUAAGAGGAAUCCUGCAGUUUACUUCCAACACAGAAGGGGACAAUACAAUAAUCAUUCAGAAGUCAAUGAAACUAUAAAUCAAUUUACUGACCUCACUACAAUCCCAUAUCAUCCUCAAUCUAAAUUUUCACGCCAGCACAAGCCAAAGAAUUCGAGCCAUAAAAAGUACCAGCUCAAGACUACAUUAAACAGUCCAUCAAACCGAACCCAGAUCAAACCUAGCGGUAACUUGAGCUUGAGUGAUAACACAUUCUCAAACUUGGAAGAUAACCAAGGACAACUUAGCAGUCUAACAGGCAAUCUUCAGACUUGCAUUGGAAAUAAUAAGGUUAUUCUUCCAAGUCUUCCUCCCAAACUCAUAAACCCUAAACAUCAGAGAAAAGAUUCAAGAAAGACAGAGAAUACUACUAAACUUGAAGAAUCUAAGAGAAAAGCUGGAAAUCGUAGAUUUGUGUCACCGACACCUCAAAUUACAGAGGGGUUUAACCAAACUUUAAUCAAUCCGAACUACAGUAGUAUCCUGCAAGAGAAGAGAGGAAAGGCUUCAGUAAAAUUUAAAGAGAGACAUCAGAUAAAACAAAAGGCUUUAGGAGAUACUUCAAACACUGAAAGACCUGAGUUUAUUAUCAAAAAGAAGUUUAAUAUAAAUAGAGUUAAUUUUAUGGAAACUGGUAAGGCAGUAAAUGGAGAAGAGAAAACCAUGAAAUUUCCAAGCAACCCGACUAAUGAGACACUUUCUUCUAUAGUUUCAAACUUGAACAAAUAAGCUGUAUAUCUCUCCGAAAGUUGAACAGAAGGAGCAAAAGUUUCAACUAGGAUCUCCACUCCUCAUUAAGGAAUUUGAAAACUCUCCUAUGAUUCAAGGUAAUAUAGAUCAAAGGCUUUGAACUAAAAAGAGCAGAGGCAAAUCAUCACCUCAUAAUGAUCCAGAACUGAAACAAAAGAUGAUAGUAAAAGGAAAGGAGAAAAUAUUAGAAGCAAAUAUGCAACAGAACGAUGCUGUUAUAAACCUCACCCAAAAAAUUAUUAAAAGGACACAAAUCAAUGAACAAAUUCGCAAGCAACUCACUGUUAAAUAAAAGACAAGAUUUUGAACCCACAAAAUGAAAAGAUGAGCCUCAGUUUCAUAACAAAAGAAUCAAGAAAUCUAAAGAAAAAGGCUCAGAAUUUGAGAAAAAUUUUAAACAUCAGGAGGAUGAUAAAAAGAAGCUAGAGUCUGCCCAAAUGAUUAAUAUCGAACAGAGGCAGCUAGAGAGCAAUCAACAGGCUAGUAUACAACCGGUCAACAGAAACAUUGGAGGUUUGAAAACCAUAGAUCGCAUCAAAUUUAAUGAUUCUUGCACUGUAGUUAGCAAAGGCUCGAAAAUUCCAAUAUCCCCGAAUUCAAGUUUUCGAACUAACAUGAAAUCUUUGAAAAAGAGUGAAAUAAACUUUAAAAAUCAGAGCAAAGACAUGAACAAAAAAGAUACAGUGAACAUAUAUAAAGGUCAUAAUAACACCAGCUACAACCACACUAAUGAUACCAGCUUCAACGAAGAAAAGAUUUUAAAGGGAAUCAGAAGCGGAAGGCUGGACAGCAAAGUUUUUGAUAGCAAGAGCAAUGAACAGAGCUUGGUGAUUAACAAGAAACCUUCUUCAAAUACUGCGAAUGGUCAUACUGCUGAAGGGAGCAAGAACAGUAAUAUUAACCUUUGAAUAAGCCCAUACUCUUCCAUUAAUAAAGAGAGUAACUUAAAUAAAGUAUCUUGCAAAGUUCCUCUCUUAAAGAAAACAAUCGAUAGCUUAAUGAUGCCCACAAAUGUUGUUAAUGAAGCAGAUGAGAGUCAGAAUGAAGAUAGUAUUCUAAGGAAGUCAUCUAAUGUUAUUCUUGAAGGAGAGGGAUCUAGUACUCAUCAAGAGAACAGGCCUGAAAAGCUCUCUUCAUCUUCUUCAAGGAAUGAUAAGGUGAAGCAUAAGGAUCGAUAUUAUGAAGAAAGUAAAGAGUAUAACAAUCAUCCGAAUCGAAGCCUAACCUCUAGUCUUUGUAAUGAAUCAAGACAAAAUGCUUUCAAAGUAAAUAUAACUAAGCAAGUAAUGCUUGAUUUCUCAAAGGAGGGGAGCUUAAAUCUUGAAUCAAAAUCCUUUGGCAAUAAAUUGAAAGGAGAAGAAGAUGAGGUUCUACUUUCUGACGAUGAAGAAAUUCAGAUUCUUAAUCAUCCAAUAAAAGGAAAAGCAAUGAAGAGAUCUUUUGACGAAAUUCCUCUAGAAGUUAUUCCUAAGAAUCUGACUAAAAUAAACCUGACUAAAAAGAAAACAAGAUUUGAUGAGGAAGAUGAUUCAAUAGUUUUAAAUAGUGAGCAAGCAGAAUCUGAACAAUCUUACAAAAAAGAAGAGCUAAGAGAUGUAGAUAGCGAUGUAUUUAAUAGAAGUAUUAUUGGAGAUGGCACUCCUGAAGGAAGACUAAAACUCCUUGACCAAGAGUGAUGAGAAGAAGAUAGUCAAAGAUUACCAACUCCAGAAGCUAAGCUUGACUUUACUCCAAGAAAAGUGUUCUUCCUCAACCAAGAGAGAGAUAUGGAAUAAAUUUUCUGAUCAAAUCUAUACAAUUCA